UCAUUUUCAGGAAGAGGCCCUAUCAAAAAGACAACCUCUUAUUGCAUUAGGCCAAUCUUGAUAGGUUGUAUUUGGUUUAUGGGAACUGCAAUGUGUGAUACUGACAGUGUAACUAAAAAGAUGGAGGGUGCAAAAAUAGAAGAGUAAACAGAAGGAUGAAACUAUUGACAACUUUGCUCAUUUCAAAGCAUUGGAAGAAGUUAUUAAAUAAUCCGAUCAGAGAAACCAGUGUCACAUUAUUUGUAGUAAGGUCUCUUGUGACAAGACAAGAUUUUCCUAGAUUGCCUGGCAACAAAAAAUCAAUUUUAAACCCUUUAAGAGGAAUUUCACAAAGACACAAGACCCCUAAAAUGGCCACCUGCUUAAGCAACAUGUGUGCAGAUCAAAGGCCACCCAUCUUUACAUCAGAAAAAACUGGAAAUGACCAAGAUGGGGAUGGCAGUGAGGAAAAACCAUUCAAGACUGUGAUUCAGGCAAUGAGAUGUGCCAAGUCUGAGCCAUUCCCAGAUAUCAUGGUCGAUGGAAAAGAUGAAAACAAUAAAUUUGACAAAGUAUCAAAGUCACAGCUGAAAAAAGUCACUGGUCUAUGGAAAACAGAACAGAAGAAAGCCCAGCAAAAGGCAGAGCAAGAGGCUCAAAAAGCUGCCCAACGAGAAAAGAACUUGGAAGAGGCAAAGAAAAUAACUAUUGAAGAAGACAAAACUCUGCCUGCUGCCAAACAGAUCAAAAUUAGAGAUACAGUGAAGCACAGGGACACCAGAGUGAAACUGUUUGGUUGGGUUCAUAGAAUGAGGCAGCAAGGAAAAAACUUAAUGUUCAUUGUACUUAGAGAUGGGACAGGAUUCCUUCAGUGUGUGCUCUCAGAUAAGCUGUGCCACACCUACAAUGCCUUGAUGUUGUCCACUGAAUCGACAGUUGCCAUCUAUGGAACUUUGAAAGUCGUACCAGAGGGGAAAACUGCCCCAGAUGGACAUGAAUUGAUUGCUGAUUAUUGGGAAGUUGUCGGUUUGUCCCCGCCUGGUGGGGUUGAUAACAUUGUCACCGAGGAGUCCAAUGUUGACACGCUACUGGACAACAGACAUCUUGUCAUUAGGGGGGAUACGACAUCAAAAAUUUUAAAAAUGAGAUCAGUGGUAAUGCAGUGUUUUAGAGAACACUAUUUCGAUCGUGGAUAUGUAGAGAUGACUCCACCAACUCUUGUUCAGACUCAAGUCGAGGGAGGAGCCACCUUGUUCAAGUUUAAUUAUUUUGGUGAAGAGGCUUACUUGACCCAAUCCUCCCAACUGUAUCUGGAAACCGCCAUCCCUGCUUGUGGUGAUGUAUUCUGUAUUGCGCAGUCAUACAGAGCUGAACAGUCAAGAACACGAAGACACGUUGCCGAAUACACCCAUAUUGAAGGAGAGUGCCCCUUCAUUUCUUUCAACGAUCUGCUUGACCGAAUUGAAGAUCUGAUUUGUGACGUUGCUGACCGAGUGUUGAAAUCGCCAUUUGCACAUCUUCUUUACGAAGUCAAUCCAGAUUUCAAACCUCCGAAAAGACCUUUCAAGAGAAUGGACUACAGUGACGCAAUUAAAUAUUUGAAGGAAAAUGACAUCAAAAAGGAAGAUGGAACUUAUUAUGAAUUCGGGGAGGACAUACCCGAGAAGCCGGAACGUGAAAUGACAGACAAAAUCAAUGAGCCAAUACUUCUUUGCCGAUUUCCUGUCGAAAUUAAAUCCUUUUACAUGCAACGAUGUCCGGAAAAUCCGCGCCUUACGGAAUCGGUUGACGUUUUGAUGCCAAAUGUUGGAGAGAUUGUUGGUGGAUCUAUGAGGAUGCAUGAUUAUAAAGAAUUGAUGGAAGCUUAUGAAAGAGAGAAAAUUGAUGCUGCACCAUACUACUGGUACACCGAUCAGAGAAAAUAUGGAACAUGCCCUCACGGAGGAUAUGGCCUCGGCUUGGAAAGGUACCUCACAUGGAUGCUCAAUCGCCAACACAUCCGGGAUGUUUGCUUCUACCCUCGCUUCACUGGACGUUGUAAACCUUGAUGAUAGCGUAACAAAUCUUGUUUUGAAUUUAAUCAAAAAAGCAUUGGUACAACCAAGUAAGCUUUUUAAUUAGGAAAUGAAUUUCAUUAUG